UUUCACUUCCUCCUCAGAAGGCGGACAGAUCUCCGGGUGCGAGGCGGUCAUGGCGCUGCUGGAGGUGUGCGGAGCCCCCCGAGGGCAGCGGGAGGACUGGGCUUUCCCUGUCCUGAGAAGCCAGCUUCGCUCGGAGCGCGGACACUACAGUUUCUCUAUGCGAUCUCCGGAGCUCGCCCUCCCCCGGGGAAUGCAGCCCACCGAAUUCCUCAAGUCUCUGGGUGGGAAUGGAGAAAAGAACGGUAAGAUUGAGAUGGCCCAUGGCACUACCACGCUCGCCUUUAAGUUCCAGCAUGGAGUGAUUGUGGCGGUGGAUUCUCGGGCCACAUCCAGGAAUUACAUUAGCACCAUAAGGAUGAACAAGGUGAUUGAGAUUAACCCGUACCUGUUGGGCACCAUGUCUGGUUGUGCGGCGGACUGUCAGUACUGGGAGCGUCUGCUGGCCAAGGAGUGCAGGCUGUAUUAUCUGCGGAAUGGGGAGCGUAUCUCAGUGUCAGCAGCCUCUAAACUGCUCUCUAACAUGAUGUGCCAGUACCGCAGCCUGGGCCUCUCCAUGGGCAGUAUGAUCUGUGGCUGGGACAAGAAGGGUCCUGGACUCUACUACGUGGAUGACUAUGGGACUCGGCUCUCAGGAAACAUGUUCUCCACGGGUAGCGGGAAUACCUUUGCCUAUGGGGUGAUGGAUAGCAGCUAUCGGCCAAAUCUUAGCUGUGAAGAGGCUUAUGACCUGGGCCGCAGGGCUAUUGUUCAUGCUACCCACCGGGACAACUAUUCUGGAGGAGUUGUCAAUAUGUACCAUAUGAAGCAAGAUGGCUGGGUGAAAGUGGAGAGUACAGACGUCAGUGACCUGAUGUACCAGUACUGGGAGGCCAGUCAGUAGCAGUGGCAGCGGCUGGGCAGGCCUCCUCUGGAAAGCCUGGCUGACUCGGGGACCUGGAGCAGUUUUUGCCCUGGGAGAAGAGGGCCCUAACUUGAGCCCUGGGGGGGAGAAUUGGCAGCUAUGGGGCGGGGCAGAGUUUCCCCUUUUGUGUGUUCUCUCCUUCAAGGAACACUCACCUUUGGCAACUUUCUGGGUGCCUACUAAGCACAAUAAAGGAAAACGGUUACAAAUGA